AUGGUUUUAACUGAGAUUCCGUUCGGUGUGCCUGUCAUUCUUCAGUCUAUUCGUUUCAACCGAAAUCUGCAGAAUCCUCUCGGGUCCAAGAAAGCUCGUUUUCUAACAGACAAUCGCGACAUUUACGAGCAGCUCAUCUUGCAUCGAGUUCGCGACGACAAGAUUGCUAUCCAGUCUGGUCACAACGGCCGCUUCCUGCAAGUUUGCGUAUCUGGGGAAUGCGUGUUUGAUCCCACUGAGGUUGGCGCGUGGGAGCUCUUUACUAUGGAGACAGACUCGAGUUGCGCUCUCUACUUCGUAUCGUGCCACACUGGAAAUGUCCUCCAGUGUGACUACAAUAAUGUGGCGAAGUGUGCGAAUCAAAACCGCCAAGAUGGGGAGGCCUGGCGGAUCGUGGAGCCCCGCUUCAUUGCUACCUGUCACUCACGUCGUCUCGGAGCUUCCGAAGAUGUGGCAAAAUACCUAAAAAUCGAGCAGAUUGUGAUGAGUAUCUUUGAUGGUCCAGAUUCCACUACUGCAAGCUCCACAUUGGCUGUUCCGGCCGAUAAGGAGGCGUAG